AAAACAUAAGUCAAACCGAAUCAAAUUAACAUAAUUAAUUCCAUUGUAUUCUCCGUAUUCCAAACUUUUCAUCAUUUUUUUUUUUUUUUUUUGCAAUUCGUGAAGAUGUCGUUGAACAGUUGUAGCGAUAGUUGCCGGAGUUCCGGCCCGGACUUUCAUCUUUCCGAUGAAAUACUCGCCGUUAUUCCGACGGACCCGUACGAUCAGCUGGAUGUUGCUAGGAAGAUUACUUCCAUGGCUAUAGCUUCACGUGUUAACAAAUUGGAGAUGGAGAUGGAGAGACUUUGUGAGAAGGUUAAUGAGAAAGAUCGGGUUAUUGUUGAGCUUCAGGAUAAGGUUUCUCAGCUUGAAAAGGCUUGUCAUGAAGCUGAAUUGCGGUUGAAAUUCACUUGCGAAGAUAAUAUGAAGCUUACGAAGGAGAGGGAUUCAUUGGCUAUGACAGUGAAGAAAAUGAGUCGAGAUUUAGCAAAGUUGGAGACUUUUAAAAGGCAAUUGGUGCAGUCUCUUAGUGAUGAUAAUUCAUCGCAAGCUGAAACUGUUGAUAUUGGCACUUACGACCAAUCUACCCAUAAAGCCUAUUCUGUAAAGGAGGAGGUGAACAGCUAUGGAGUACACCAUUCUUUCAGUGGUUCUACGGACAGCACAGUAAUUAAUGAUGAUGCCUCAAAGCGUGCUUUGCAAAGAUUUUCCAUGACACCUAAUUACAUAACACCCCGUCUUACUCCAACUGGAACUCCCAAAAUAGUUUCCACUAGUGUAUCUCCUAGAAGAUAUUCUGUUGCUGAAUCUCCUCAGAGGAUAUCCGGUGCCAACUCUCCAACAAGCCGUCAGUAUGACGGACGAGGUUCAAUGUCAUCUUUUUUCCCAUCAAGUCAACAGUCAUCAGCAGCUAACUCUCCUCCUAAGGGGCGCCCUUUGCCAGGUCAAACUCGCAUUGAUGGGAAGGAGUUCUUCCGACAAGCUAGGAGUCGUCUAUCCUAUGAGCAGUUCAGUGCAUUUCUGACGAACAUAAAGGAAUUAAAUGCACAAAAGCAAUCUCGUGAGGAAACAUUGAGAAAAGCAGAAGAGAUUUUCGGGAUGGAAAACAAAGAUCUUUAUCUGUCAUUCCAAGGUUUGCUUAACCGUAGUGCUCGGUGAAAGCAAUGGUGUAACCACAGGUGUAUAUGUUUUCCCAUCAUAUACACUUAUGGUGACAUUUUGUUUCGUGUCUGAUUAUCUUCAGUAUGGGCACUUCAUAAGCUGAACCAGCACUCAGCGCAGAAAAGUGCUUAGGGAAUGCAGUCAAUCAGGACUGGUGCAGCGUAUGCUCUAGCUGAUGAUUGAAUUUUUGAAAUUGGUAAUGUAGUUCUCGCCGAUGAAUGAUUGAUUCAAGUUACUUUUUUACUAUUUCAUGGACACAUUCUGUAAAAUUAUCGCUCUUUCCCCCUGCAUCAUCUUACUACAUCUGAAAGCAGCGGGAUCAGCAGAUAAUAAUCAUAAAUUGAAUGAGUUUCCAAGUGA